CAGCACAAGGUAUUGCAAGAAAAAAUGCACUUCUUCAGGGUACUAACAAGGAAAAAACCUUUUUCCUUUGCCGCAGCAGAAAGGCGGAAGAAAGAGGAGGAUUGUUAUUUAAAGAAUGGAGGUGCAGUGCUAGAGGAGCUUCUUGCUUUAUGCGAUGGAAAUUGCAGAAUUCCCAUCCGUUAUUUCACUGCCACUGAGAUCGAGAGGGCAAUAAAACACUCUAAAAGGAAAAUGGAGCUCUCCCAUGUGUCUAUGGUUACAGGCUCACUGGACAACCGCCCCGUUUUAGUUAGGUUCAGUAGAUGUCAAUUCACCAAUAUCCACCGAGAUAUAGCAAUUACUGCACAGAUGAGUCAUCUCAAGAAUGUGCUGAGACUUGUUGGUUGCUGUCUAGAAUUUGAACAACCAGUUAUGGUGUAUGAAUAUGUUGAGGCUAUAACUCUCAGCGAUCUACUUUUCAGAGAGUGUGAUCAUAAGACUAAAAGAUCAUUAUCUUGGGGAAAGAGAUUACGAAUUGCCAAUGAGGUCGCUUCUACAGUUGUUUUUCUCCAUACAGAAUUUACUACACCCAUCAUCCACAGAGAUAUAAAGCCUCACAAAGUGAUGAUAGAUCAGAACAGCGGCGUUGCCAAAAUAAUAGACUUUUCAUUGUCUAUAUCAUUACCUCCAGGGGAAUUGGAGGUACAAGAUGCUGUACUGUGCGGAACAUUUUGGUAUUUAGAUCCAGAAUAUGCCUCCCUGGGUAUUGUUACUCAAAAAACUGAUGUCUACAGCUUCGGAGUUCUUCUCUUUCAGUUAUUAACCGGAAAGGAAUCUCUUGAUAGUAUGCAAUCGAAUAUUGAAGAAGGUAAUGUUAUGGAUAGAGUGCAUUCUAGAAUUUAUGAAGAAACAACAAAUUUUAAAGAUCCAAAUCCACCAACCAUGGUUGAGCUCUACAUUAAAGAGUGUAAUGCAAUAGAUAUAGCAGACCCUACCUUUUUGGAACAGCACGGUAUUGAGAUUCGACAACAAUUGGAAGACUACUUGGAUCUUGUAAAGAAAUGCACAACGUACAAAGGAGAAAACAGACCAUAUAUGAUUCAUGUUGCUAAGGAAUUAUGCCGAAUUGAGAACUGCUACCGUGCCCUCACUAUUGAUCAAAAUUAA